UCCCCAUCCCCGAGGAGUGCCCCCUGGGCCCCACGAACCCCUACGGAAACACCAAGUUCGUUGUUGAGACGGCCAUCACGGACUUCAUCAACGCGCAGCGCAACAACCUCACCAAGGCCGGAAAGGCUGAUGAGGCCGAGAAGUGGAACGGAGCCCUGCUGCGUUACUUCAACCCUGCGGGCGCCCACCCCAGCGGCAUCAUGGGUGAAGACCCUCAGGGUGUUCCCUACAACCUGCUGCCCCUUCUGGCUCAGGUCGCGACCGGAAAGAGGGAGAAGCUCCUUGUUUUCGGCGAUGGUGAGUUUGGUUUUCCUCUCUGGCGUUACGCAAUCUCAGGCUAACCUGAACGUCUAG